UGCCGCGUUUUUUUAUGAAGCGUAUGUAGAAUGUGCUGAACUCCCACAAUGGCGACUCUCGACACCAAUAGUAACAUUAUCGAAACGCUGGACAUGAAAAUGGAGAACAGGAACGCACAGGAAAGCGCGGACAGGAGCAGGAACUUAAAACAGGAGAAACAAACGGUGAAAACAGGAAGCAUGAAGGAGAACGUUCUAAUUCGACAGGAAAUCGACAGGAAUCAAGAGAUAAACGGAAAUAUGGAACAGGAAAACAGGAAUUUGGAGAUUAUAAAUGAUUUGAGCAGUAAAAAGUUGGAGGAGUGUUUGGAGUGUAGGAAAGAUGAGAGGAAAUUGACAGAAAUACAAAAGUUUUAUGAUGGGAAGAAUGUGAUGAUUACCGGCGCGACAGGCUUCCUCGGCAAGGUUCUGAUGGAGAAGCUUCUCCGUUCGUGUCCCGGCGUGGAGAACAUCUACCUGCUGGUGCGGCAAAAGCGGGGGAAGGACAUCUACACGAGGAUAGAAGAGAUUCUAGACGAUCCUGUAUUCGACAGGCUGAAGCAAGACGUGCCGAAGUUCCGGCACAAAGUAGUGGUGAUGCCGGGAGACUGCGAGGCGGUGGGGCUCGGCCUUUCACUGUCUGACAGGCAAAUACUUACAGAGAAGGUGAACGUGGUGUUCCAUUCGGCGGCCACGGUCAAGUUCGACGAGCACCUCCGAGCGGCGCUCGCCACGAAUGUUCGCGCGCCGCUACAUCUGCUCAGGCUCGCGAGAGAUAUGAAGGACUUGAGCGUGUUCAUGCAUGUCUCAACAGCGUACUCCAACUCACACCUGGAAGCGGUUCAGGAGCGGUUCUACCCCUGCGCAGCCAGCUGCGACCACCUGGAGACGGUGAUAGACAAACUGACAGAUGAACAGAUCAACCAGAUGUUACCCACCAUCCUAGGUCCCUGGCCGAAUACCUACACGUUCACCAAAGCACUGGCGGAGAAAGAGUUGAGGAAAAACGCUGGAGACCUUCCGCUGGGCAUCUUCAGGCCUGCGAUAGUAACAUCAACUGCGAGAGAGCCGCUAGUAUGCUGGCUGGACAACAUGUAUGGACCCACAGGAGUUGCCAUCGGCACUGUAACGGGUAUCCUCAGAACCCUGCAAUGCGACGAGCAAGUCACAGCGGACAUCGUGCCGGUCGACAUGACGGUCAACUGCCUCAUGGUGGCCGCUGCCAACGUUCACAAAAUUUACAAGAGGUCACCGCCCCCCGAACCCCCUAUCUUCAACUACGUCAGCUCCGUGGAGAACCGCAUCACGUGGGGCGAAUUCAUGACGCACAACCUCAAGCAUAUAGACAAGAACCCCUUCUCCAAUGCUGUGUGGUACGUGUCGCUGACGCUACACAGGUCCGCUUUCAUGAACCAGCUCUACAUAAUCUUCUUGCAUCUCCUGCCUGGAGUGCUGGUCGACGCGUUGGCUGUCUGCCUAGGAAGAAAACCAAAGAUGUUGAAGGUGUAUCGCAAGAUCCACAAGUUCUCUUCUGUUCUCUCCUACUUCUGUACGCGGGAGAUACAUUUCUGCAACCGAAAUAUAAGAAACAUGUGGGACAGCACGCCAGAUGACGACAAACAGUUAUUCCCGUUCAGUAUAUCCGAAGUGAGUUGGGAGGAGUAUUUCCAGCAGUACCUCAUCGGAAUCAGGCGAUACAUGUUCAAGGAGAGCGACGACACGCUGCCGCAAGCGAGGAUCAAGUGGAGAAGAUUAUACUACCUGCACCAGUUAGUAAGGCUCAUUUUCUCUGCUCUAGCCCUCUACGCUCUAUGGUCCAUAUUAGCAGCACUGUUUUAGAACCAAAGAGUU